CCGACGAAGAAGAGAAAGGUAAACACAUGACUGCUGAGAAGAUGAUUUGUUCGAUCAAAUAUGGGCGCCAUUUAGCCUAUUUAUAUACAAAUCAUUGCUGAGAAGCUUAUAUUUAAGCUAUUCAUAUAUUUCAGUUUUUUAUAGAAUUCCACUUCUUUACCGGACAUUUUUAUUUAGUAGGCUGUUUAUAGUUGUUUUUUUUAAUUUGCUGCCGAACGGCAUCAAUGCCAAAGAGAAAGUGCAAUGAAGACUUUUAUUAUCGUCAGCUCUGAUAGUGAGGAAGACGACUUGGAUGUGGAGUUUGUCGGCUACUACACCACGCAGUCACCGUCCAUCACACCCGGUUCUGUUCGGGACAACAAAUCAAAAGAUGCUUAUCCUGAACCAAUCUCUUUGACUGACUUCACUUUGACGAGGAAGACCAAACAAGACGAGAAUGUACGGGAAAGAACGUUUAAAAGUGAGAAUUCAAAUAGUCUCGUACACAAAUCAUCAAAGAAGCACUGUGAAACAUAUACUCAGCGUUCACUGCACAGCACUCAUACAGACCCAUCUUCUUUAGUGAACACCCCCUUUCCAGUCUCCCGUGCCUCACCUAAAGGAGGCCUCAGCUCUCCACCCCACAAAAUAAUUCACGCCAACAAGAACCAAGAGCCGAGCUUCACCAGUAACGCCACACAGGAUGACCGAGGGAAGGAAGUCACAACUGAUGUCAAGUCAAACCAGUCUGAUGGCCCGUGUCAGAGCAUCGCUCUGCCCGUACUAAAAAGUGAACACUUGGAAGGAUAUUUAAACUGUAGCGAUGAAGACGAACAAGACAGUUUGAUGUAUUCCACAUGGCGUCAGGAGAGUGACGAAGAAGCGAACGCUAACGUUGAUUUCAGUGAGGUCAGUCAGGAUGAACGUUGCUUUGUCUGCCCUCGUGGAUUCCAGAAAGUAAUGGACGGGUUUGCACAUACCUUGGUGCAUGAGGAACAUGUAAAGUCUUCAAAUGCGAUCUGCCAGCCAAGCCUCAGCUUGGUGUACAUCACCAUGCAGGUGAACUACCAAGAGGGAACGCUGCAGCUCUUGUCUGACCUUCUACAUCUUUGUUACUGUCCUCCUAAAGAUGUCAUGUCCCACCUGCUCAGUCACAUGCUGCUGGACCCACUGUGUCCACAGCACCGCUGUGUGCAGGCCUGGAAUCUGCUGAUGAGGGCACAGAGACACCAAAGUGUUGACAAAAACUCAGUUGCAUGGAGCUGGGAGUUGGUGACUUCAGUCAUGUCCAAUCAGGAUGAUAAAAAGAGACACCGACCUGAGGUUGUGCGCAUGUUCCUGGAGUAUGUUGUACAGACUUUAGAAGAUGAUUUCUCAAACAAGAAGUCCACCUCUGAAUUCCACCACUCUAUUGCAAAGACAAUGUUGUCUUGCAGUCAGCACUUCGCACAAGUCAGGGAUGUCAUUCAGUGGAUGUUUUCUACCAUCGUCAAAUCAACUGGAAAUGGAGAGAGCGGUGAAGCAGUCAGAGAGAGAGAAGAACAUAUUAAGAUUGUGUCCAGUCUCCAGAGAAUGUUGUCUUUGGCUGUAGAAGUUGACCGCUCUCCUGCCCUCAGCGCCCCCAAACUGACCCAGGAACUUUCUUUAAUGCUCGUCAGCACUGAACUCAAUCGAGCACACCGACUGCUGCUGCUGGACAGCAUGCAGAACAACCUGCUGAGAUAUAAGCUGCUGGAACAUCUGCUGGACGACUCCUGCCCGCGGAAAACACCAAUGCCCAUGUCGCUGAGUCGUCUACUUUACUUUGUGGAGAACUGCACACUGGCCGCAGAUCCGACGGACGGAAGUGAAAGCUGGAAGAAAUGGGAAGAGUUGGUUCAUCACCUCUGGAUGUUGCUCUUCAGCUACAACACAGCAAUGAAAGAAUAUCUGAACAGCUCAGCGAGGAAGCCGACAGGCGCCACGGUCUACAAGCCAGAAGAUGUGCUUACAAAGGCGGACAUUUGUAAAACCCUGGAGGCCUUCCUGUGCAGAGCCAAGGCCGACGUGGGCCAAGCGCUGCCUCUCCACGUGGAGGAGUCGCUCUUCUACUUGCAAGACCUCCUGCUUGAAGUCUAUUGUCCAUCUUAAAUGGAAAAAAACUGUUAUUUGUGGACAUCCAUGGCGGUCGAAAAUUGUUCUGGCCCCUUGUAAAUAUUAAUGUUUAUUAAAUAGGGCUUGUUCAUCUGAAGGAUGGACAGUUUCCUUCUUUCUCAGA